AUGGUGACGGGAGGCGGGUCUACGAGCACCGCCAGCCCUAACACACUGGCGGGGUGGCCCCGCGAGAGGCCGGCGGGCGCUGGGCCCAGCCAGGAGCCGCAGCCCCGGCCUCGCGCGAUCGCCGGGCGGGGCGCGGGUGCGGCCUUCUGCGGGCCCUUGAUGCGGUUGAGGCCGCUCGGGCCAGAGAGAAGCCUGGCCCGGCGGCGGGCGCGGUAGGAGGCGGCGGGGCCGCGGGCCGCUGACUGCGGCGCCCCUACGAUGGACGCCCUAGAAGAAGAGAGCUUCGCACUGUCCUUCUCCUCUGCCUCUGAUGCAGAAUUUGAUGCUGUGGUUGGAUGUUUGGAGGACAUUAUUAUGGAUGACGAGUUCCAGUUAUUGCAGAGAAACUUCAUGGACAAGUACUACCAGGAAUUUGAAGACACGGAAGAGAAUAAACUCACCUAUACUCCCAUUUUUAAUGAAUAUAUUUCCCUGGUAGAGAAGUAUAUUGAAGAGCAGUUGCUGGAGCGUAUCCCAGGCUUCAACAUGGCAGCCUUCACAACCACACUGCAGCACCACAAAGAUGAAGUGGCUGGGGACAUCUUUGACAUGCUGCUCACAUUCACGGAUUUUCUGGCUUUCAAGGAGAUGUUCCUGGACUACAGAGCAGAAAAGGAAGGCCGAGGACUGGACUUAAGCAGCGGCUUGGUUGUGACUUCUCUGUGUAAGUCAUCUUCUACGCCAGCUUCCCAGAACAACCUGCGGCACUAAGUCUCACCUUCAUGCGACAGGUGUGAUCAACAUGAGGUCACCAGCCCAGCAGGCUCAGGGAAACAUGGGCUAAUGACGGCAGAUGCGUUCUGCAAAGACCCACUGUGCCCCAGCCCUUCCUUCAUGUGAAGUAUUGAUGAGUCCUGGAAAACAUGACUGACCCUCCUGGCCUUGUCCAGAAACUCCUUCCUGCAGUCAGUAGCCCUCAUGUUCCCCGCUCCCAUCCCCAUACAGAUGCCUCUUCCAGAUGCUUCUGAUGGCUCUUCUGGAGCAGGCCCGGGUUGUCCACCUCACCUUGUGGGGAGAGGGGGCUCUUCCCCAGCAACAUGGUAGUGUAGUGUGUCAACAGUAUGAACACCACAUCAUUGUGAGCCCUUCCUCCCACAGGCUUUAGUGAGUCUUUGUUCUCCCAUAGUUUUCACCUGGGUCCGGUUCAGGCCUCAGCCUCAAUGGGGCUUUUGUUUGGGUGUGUUGAUCUAGGGAGUUACAGACCAGCUGCCUGUCCUGGUUUCUGAAUCUCCUGUGAUUACAGCUUGACUGGCUGUAGGACCCACUGAGAGAGCUGUCCUCUACCCACAAGUAAAAAUGAACUCCCAACCUUACAUCAGCACUCCUUUCACCAGCGAAUCCUGCUGGUCUUGAUGUAGCCCCACUCUUCUCUACUCUCUAAGCAUUAUUUUCAAGAAACAUAUUUUUAUAGAUGAAAACUCAGGCUAACCUAGUGAGUAUGAUCUUGGGAUGCCCAUGAUCAGCCACUUACAAGAUCAAAGUAUUAUAUGCUGUGUGCUUCUUAGCUGUGAGUGCUGCGAGUGCAAACCUGCUUUCCCAUUGCUGCCCCCUUGCUGUCACCAGUACAGACAGGCUGUGUGCUAGAAAUGGGCUGCAGCUGUGUCGUGACAGCGUGCUGGGUGUGCUUGUGCAUGUGUGUCUGCUGUCCUAUCACAACAGCGUGCUGGGUGUGCUUGUGCAUGUGUGUCUGCUGUCCUAUCACAACAGUGAGCUGGGUGUGCUUGUGCAUGUGUGUCUGCUGUUCUAUCACAACAGUGAGCUGGGUGUGCUUGUGCAUGCUUGCGUGCAGUUCUUCGUGUAGGCCAGUGAGCUGGGUUUUUUAUUGGGGGGAGGGGGAGGGGGAGGGACUCUGCUGUUUGUUUUCAUACAAUCUCUCCUGCCAAGUUGAUGCUCAACCUGGGGGGAGGGGCAGGACACAGUUUUUCUGGUCAUCUGUCAUCUUUGGUGGACUGCCACCAACCAGAAAGCAUGUGUGUCACAUCUCUAGAAAGAAAACAGUUCAAAUCCUAAUGUAUUCUUUUGACUUUAACUUUUAUAGUAAACGUAAGACUCCAUGCUGACUUUCCAUGUGACCAUUCUGACUUUAAAGGAUAUAAGCUAAGCUCUGUGUUUUUUCUGUAGCUGUGUGUCACUUAGUACUUUUGUAAAAUGAGUAAAAUUUGAGGUGUUUGACAAGAAUAAUCA